AUGCCGAUGGGGAAGUACUACUGCGAUUACUGCGACAAGGAAUUCCAGGACACUCCUCUCGCUCGCAAGCGUCACCUCCAGAGCUCUUCUCACUUCCGCGCCAAAUCCCUCUGGUACAAUUCCUUCCCGACCUCUUCCUCCGCCGCCGUUGCUCCACCGUCGGGUGUCUGCAAUCGCUUCCGCAAUACGGGAUUCUGUCCGUACGGAGACUCUUGUAAGUACUUGCACUUGAACAACGACGACGCCGCCGCCGCUUCCCCCCAUAAUUCUCAUUCCCCGACUGUUACUCGCGGUCAGGGUCUCGUCGCCGGUGAUGGUAUUGCUCCUCCGUUAGCCGUAGGUGGAAGAAGCUCUUUUGCUGUGCCCAAUAGCAUGGGAGCGUGGUGGGGUAAUCUGCCUCCGUCUCUAUUGCCGCCUCCUGAGGGCGGAUAUCCGCCUCUUCCAUUUGUGGACUGGGGUUAA